AGAUCUUGGAAACAAUUGUUGCAUGGAGUGCCAAUUCGCUGGCCAUUUAUUACGCUUAUAAAGGCUGGGAUGUCUGGUUGGGAAACCCGAGGGGUUCGGAAUACUCCAGCAACAUCCACUUCACCAAGGAUGAUGAUAGGUUUUGGGAUUAUAGUUUCCACGAGAUGGGAACCAUAGAUAUGCCAUCACAAGUCGACAAAAUCGCUGAAAUAACUCAGAAUGGUGGUAAUAUUUACCUUGUAGGUUAUUCUAUGGGCACCACUGUUAGUUUGUUGUAUUGUGCUACGAAUGUCAGCCAUUGUCAGAAUAACGUCAAAGGGAUUAUUGCGCUAGCUCCAGCGGCGAAUUUGAAUAGGGUUGAGCAGCCUGUAUUAUAUCUUAUAUCGCUUGUAGAGCUUCUACCAGGUAUACAAAAAAUCCCAUUUGACUUUCUUUUAGAAAUAUGCCAACAUGCCCCUGGAAUUGGACUUUGCGAUGUGCUUUUUCAAGCGCUUUUAGGGCCUAGUAAUCCAAACAUAUUGCCUCAAUUAUUACCAAUUUUAACGUACACUGGAAACUGUCCUGUAACUAAUAAGGUUGUAAAUCAUUAUGCCCAAAUAAUAAACAGUCAGGGCAAGUUUAGGUGGUAUGAUUAUGGUUAUUUGGAAAAUUUCAGUCGAUAUGGUACUUUUAGUCCUCCCUACUAUGAAACCUCAAAAAUACCUGUUCAAACCACUCUUAUUUCUGCCAACAAAGAUAUCAUCACAACUGAGCCUGAUAUAGAGGUACUUUAUUCCUCACUUUCGGCAACAAAAAGGACAUGGUAUAAACUACCCGAAAAUUCGGCUCCUGCCAUUUUAAUGAAUCAUGUAGAUUUUAUAACUGGUGCAGAGGUUCAAAGGGAACAACUUUACUCGAAAAUAAACGCUGCUUUGGGGGACUGCGUGCUAGGAGAUUUAUAUCCUGAUAACAAUGUCUGCCCUACAAUAUUAGAUUAUGAUACAAUUUACGUCAACGAUAGAUGUUGGUAUGACCCGGAUGUGACAGCUUCAGUACCUGAAAUUAUAAGUAACCAUGGGCUAAGUUCCACAUCUUACAAUGUGACCACAUGGGAUGGAUACACCAUAGAAAUAUUCCGAAUCACUCCUUUGGUGAACACAACCACCAAAGGCUCGAUUUUAUUUUUUCCUGCCCUUACCAGGGACUGCAGAAGUUUUCUUUUGCAAGGUGCUAAUUCGCUGGCCAUUUAUUACGCUUAUAAAGGAUGGGAUGUCUGGUUGGGAAACCCGAGGGGUUCGGAAUACUCCAGCAACAUCCACUUCACCAAGGAUGACGACAGGUUUUGGGAUUAUAGUUUCCAUGAGAUGGGAACCAUAGAUAUGCCAUCACAAGUGGACAAAAUCGCUGAAAUAACUCAGAAUAGUGGUAAUAUUUAUCUUAUAGGUCAUUCUAUGGGUACCACUGCUAGUUUUGUGUAUUGUACUACGAAUGUUAGCCAUUGCCAGAAUAACGUCAAAGGGAUUAUUGCUCUAGCGGCGAAUUUGUAUAGGGGUGGGCAGACUUUAUUUUAUCUUUUAUCGCUUGCAGAGCUUCUACAAGGUAUAAUAAAAAUCGAAAUUGACUCCCUUGUAGAAAGAUGCCAAAAUGCCCCUGGAAUUGGAAUUUGCUAUGUGCUUUUACAAGAUCUUUCAGGACCUACUAAUCCAAACAUAUUGCCUCAAUUAUUACCAAUUGCAACGUACACUGGAAACUGUCCUAUAACUAAAAAGAAUGUAAAUCAUGCUGGCCAAAUAAUUAACAGUCAGGGCAAGUUUAGAUGGUAUGAUUAUGGUUAUUUGGAAAAUUUCCGUCGAUAUGGUACUUCUAGUCCUCCCUACUAUGUCACCUCAAACAUACCUGUUCAUACCACUCUUAUUUCUGCCAACAAAGAUACCCUCACAACUGAGCCUGAUAUAGAGGUACUUUAUUCCUUACUUUCGGAAACAAAAAGGACAUGGUAUAAACUACCCGAAAAUUCAGAUCCAGAUAUUUUAAUGAAUCAUGCGGAUUUUUUAACUGGUGCAGAGGUUCAAAGGCAACAACUUUACUCCAAAAUAAACGCUGCUUUGGGGGACGUAUAAUUUUUUUAAAUUUAUAUUAUAUCUACAUAAUUUAAAUAAAUAAAUAUAAAUAUAUGAUAAUUUACUUUCAAAA